AAUCCAAAUCAGUCGUAAUUAAGACGCGCGAUAUUAUGGGUAUAGAACCGUUUUCUCCAUUGGAAGCUUCAUUGCCAUCCGCCCAACUCAGGACUCCGAGUUGUCCGCCAAACUUACAGUGGAACUCUUUGGCUAUGACUUGUCUCCCGACCUUGGAUGCAAAUAAAUAUAUUCCAACCGUAUCUGGGUCUCCGUGGAACUCAGUUGUAAAAAAACCUGAUGGAAAACGUGAAGAAAAGCCUGGAGGAAGUUCUGGCGGAGGAAAGCCUGUGACUCGUCCUGUUGGAAAACCUGGCGGUAGUACUGGCGGAGAAAAACCUGCAGAAAAACCAGGAGGAAAUCCUCAGGAUAAGCCUGUAGAAAGUCCUGGGGCUAAACCAGCAGGAAGUCCUGAGAGCAAGCCAGCAGAUAGUUCUGGCGGAGCAGCUGGAGGAAGUCCUGCAGGGAAACCUGUAGUAGGUCCAGAAGGAAAACCAGGAGAUAAUUCUGGCAAAGGCACUGGGGGAAGUCCCCAGGAUAAGCCUGUAGAAAGUCCUGAGAGCAAGCCAGGAGGUAGUUCUGGCGGAGCAGUUGGAGGAAGUCCUGGAGGGAGACCUGUAGUAAAACCAGAAGAUAAACCAGGAGAUUCUGGCAAAGGCACUGGGGGAAGUCCUGAAGGAAAUGCUGGAGAAAAGCCAGCAGCAAGUCCUGAAAGCAAACCAGGUGGUAGUUCUAGCGGAGCAGCUGGAGGAAGUCCUGGACAAAAUCCUAUAGACAGUUCAAAAGAAAAACCAGGAUCCAAAAACGUAAAUAACAACAAUAUUAGUAUAAACGAAAAAGGCCGACUUAAAAAAAAAGAAAUUUAAAGUGUAACCUUCAUCAAUUUGAGUACUGUUUAAAUAAAAUGAUUUCAGAACUUGAUGAUUAGUUAAAGCA